AGUACCCAACCCGCGUCUGCUGCGCUUAGUAGCUGUCGAAUCGCGCGUAAUUUGGUGGUCGCGCUUCGCCUAUCGUAUCAGCUACAAGUGCGUGAUCAGUUUUGUGCUUCCGGCCACAUCUAUAAAGUUUCAUUGGAUGUUGAUUUUAGCCAAAAAUCUAGACCAGAUUAUUUGGCAUUACGAAAGGCAAAUGGAUCGGGAGGAGGAGUUUGACAUUUCGAAACGGGAUGCGAAACGGCUGGCGGAACCACUGAUUAAGGCCGCCUAUGCGGAUGGCAUCGAUACCGGGCGGCAAGUGCACUAUCAGCGCAAUUUUGACGAGGGCUACCGGAAAGGGUUUGCUGCCGGAUUCGAGCACGGUCAGCAACAGGCGCGCCGGGUACUGGACGAGCAUCGGAAGGCGUCCGGGAGCUGAUGACGUUUGUCGAAUUUGUGAUCAAUGUUGAGGCACGUUUAAUCGAUUAGGAGGAUAGCAUUGUAACGGGUUUAGAGUGCUAAAGAUAAAUAUACUUAUCGGAAGAAGUACAAAUGUUGACUUUUUUUU